AUGGACGAUCCAGGGUGGUCUUGGCCCUUCUGGAAAUUCGGCUUGAAGAAGGACGACCUCUUCUCCUCGCUGCACGACCAGUACAACACUUUUCCCUCCUCCAUCCAAGAUCCCGAGGCCUUCCACCACGACGUCUACGAGAUCUCGACCGAAGCCUCCUCCUCCGAUGAGUUUCACCGUCUCAUGGCAGAGCGCAAGUCCCAGCGCCUGCACGAACUGAACGACCUGCUGGAGUCGGCGAGUCUUGAGAUCAUAGCCAACCCUGCUCUCAUUGGAACUACCCAGUGGCAGCACGCUCUGCAGCUAUUUAGAACCAAGUCGCUCGACUCGCUCCAGUAG